AAUAUCUGAACAACAGUUAGUUGUUUAUUAGCUUUUAUAUCGAAAUUAUGGCAAAGAGUUUCGCAAACGGUUUUGAUGUUGAAAUGGGACCGUCCCGAAGAGUUAUGAGAUUUCUUGGCAUUUAUCCGGAUCCAAAUAAAAAGUAUAACUUGGCAUCUCGCUUGCACUUUCUGAUACCGGCAUUUGUUAUGCUUUACUUUUGUAAUGUACCACAAUCACUGAAAGUAAUUGAAGUUUGGGGCGACCUAAAUGCAGUCCUUGAUGUGUUAACUGGAUCCGAUAUUCCCAUUGGAGUUUCAUGCUUUAAACUACUAAGUUUGCGUUAUAACGUUGAUGUGUUGAGCCGUCUAACAUCAUCAAUGUCUGAUGACUGGAAGUCAUCAAAAACUAAAGAAGAGCUUGAAGCAAUGUGGAAACGUGCUAAACUUGGUCGACUAAUGUCCAUCAUUCAAAUCUCAUUGUCUGGAGCAACGAUCAGCGCAUAUUUUAUAGGCGCUCUUUUUGUAUUUAUCAGCGAGCAAAAGCAAUACUAUAAAUUCGACAAUAACAAAACAGAUAAAAUCAGAACACUGUACCUGAAAUCGGUCUUUUUGUAUGACGUGUCAAGAAGUCCUAUGUUUGAGAUAACGUGGAUUCUGCAGGUUUUUUCAGCGUUAUUCGCUGCAACAUCUUUUUCGUCAGUUGACGCCUUUUUUGGUGUUCUUGUAUUGCAUCUAUGCGGACAACUUCGUAAUUUACAGGAAGAUAUGAAGCGAUUAUCAUUGGCUCCCACGAAUAGUUCAAUCAGGCAAUGUUACUCGGUAAUUCUAUCCCGUAUUGUUCAAAGAUAUGAAUAUCUUGAAAGCUUCGCAAAAGAUAUUGAAGAUACAUUCAACGCUACGUUUCUUGUGCAAAUGAUAGUUUCAUCAGUGGUGCUUUGUCUUCAAGGUUAUCAACUUGUUAUGUUGACAAGUACAGAAGAUGGAAUUCCAUUUAUAGAUCUUAUGUUUAUGAUAUGGUUUACACUUCUAUUUCUGUUCAGCUUAUUUAUAUACUGUUACGUUUCUGAAGUUUUGCGAAAAGAGAGUACGAGAGUUGCAGACGCGGCCUAUGAAAUUGACUGGUAUAACCUUCCUGUGGCAAAAUCGAAGCCUCUGAUAAUGAUUAUGUUGAAAGCGAGACAACCAUUUAAAAUUACUGCUGGAAAAUUUGCAGAUAUUUCUUUGGAAUUAUAUUGCAGUAUAUUGAAAACAUCAGCAAGCUAUCUGUCGAUGUUACUUGCCGUACGAGAUAGAUUAUCCAGCUUUGAUAUUGAAAUUGGACCUUCUCGAGGAAUUCUGCGAUUUCUCGGUAUUUAUCCAGAUCCAAAACGAAAACGCGAUUGGAUUUCCCACAGCUACUUCCUAAUACCAACUCUAGUUAUGUUUUGCUUUUGCAACAUUCCACAAUCGGUGACAGUAAUUAAAGUUUGGGGUGAUCUAAAUUCCGUUCUAGACGUCUUGACUACAUCUGAUAUUCCAAUUGGAAUUGCACUUUUUAAAUUAUUAGGUUUACGUUACAACAUUGAUAUGUUAAGUCAACUUGUCUUAUCGAUGUCUAAUGAUUGGAAAUCAUUGAAAACAAAAGAAGAGCUUCAUAUUAUGUGGAAAAAUGCCAGACUUGGUCGACUAAUAUCAAUCAUCAUAAUUUCUUUGGCAGAAGGGACUAUCAUCGCCCAGUUUGCAAUGGUUGUUUACUUCAGUUACAGUGAGUACAAGUGGCAGACUGUACCAGAAAACAAUGUGACGGAAAGGUUCAGACCGCUUUAUUUGAAAGCUGAUUUCUUCUAUGACGUACAGAGUAGUCCACAUUUUGAGAUAAUAUGGAUAUUUCAAUGUUUUUCAACUAUUUUUGCGGCUUCAUCAUUUUCUGCUGUUGAUGCUUUUUUUGCUGUUCUUGUGCUACACCUUUGUGGGCAAUUAAACAAUUUGAGAGAAAACCAAAAAAGUUUAUCUUUAUUAUCGGUUAACGUCAGAAAUGAAGAAUCUUAUUCGGCAAGUCUUUCUCGUAUCAUAGAAAGGCAUCAGUAUCUUGAUAGAUUUGCUAAAAGUAUUGAAAAUGCUUUUAACGUUAUGUUCCUUGUACAAAUGAUGGCCUCUUCAAUGGUACUUUGUCUGCAGGGUUAUCAGCUCGUUAUGAUAACAACUACUGGAAAUGACAUACCUCUGUUCGAACUUAUUUUCAUGAUUUAUUUCACUUUAUGUUUCAUGUUCAGUUUAUUUGUUUACUGUUAUGUAGCUGAGGUUUUACGAAAUGAGAGUAUGGAAGUCUGGAAUGCUGCUUAUCACAGUGAUUGGUACAAUCUUCCGGCAUCUAAGGCAAAGCUUCUGAUGAUCAUUAUUCUGAGAGCAAAGCAGCCAUUUCAAAUCACGGCUGGAAAAGUUACUAAUUUUUCUUUGGAGUUGUAUUGCAAAAUAUUAAAGUCAUCAGGGGGCUAUCUGUCAAUGUUACUUGCUAUGAAAGAUAGACUAUAUAAUUUGGAUGAAAUAAAUAACGAGGAUUAA